AAGUAGAAAAAAUAGUAAAGAAAGUGUAGUAAAAUUCUCAAAUGAGAACUUAUUAUAGAAAACUCAUUAGACCUCUAAUGUCAUAUGUCCCCUUAUUGUUCACUUAUUAUCAUCUAAAUCUGUUUAGGAAAUGAAAUUAAAUUAAAUUAUAUAAACAAAUUGUAUUAAAUAAUAAUAUAUUAAUUUGUUUAGGUACUUGUUUUGAGAUGUUGCUCUCAAAGACCACAAAUCUAAAACCUGUAAAAAUUUGGGAUGAGAACUCAAAAUUCUUAAGAAGAGCAGCAUCUUGUUUUAGCUAAUUUUUAUUAUUUUUAUUAAGAGUCGUAUAGUCUAUUUGUUUCUAUCUUUUAUUAGUACUACAAUAUACAUUGCGUAUGGGUAUGCCAACAUUAUGUUUGGUUGAAAAUAAGAAAAUAAUAGCAUCUAGUUUUAGGAUAGGAUGAUGAAAAUGUAGAGAAAUGGAUAGAGUUUAAAAAACCGGCAACAUGAUGAAUAAACUACUCUCUUUUCUUAUAUUGCUUCACUCUCUCUGUUCCAUUGGAUUCCAUGAAUUUUCGGCGUCAAUCUCGUGCCUUACCCACUCUUAUUUCCUACAUAUGCUACUUUUACAUUUACUCAUGCAUGUACCCAACAUAUUAAUCAAUUUAUUAUAUUACGGAAUAAACCAACUAAUGGAGAUUUAAACCUUAAAAUAAACAAAAGGUUUUAAGCAAUGGAGAUUUAAACCAGCCAUUUUGUGUUCAGAUGAACAUGCCAUGUAAAAUUAAGAUAAGCGUUCUAAUUAUAAGAUUACGGAUGGAUCAUACAUCACCUGAACUUAUACGUUCGAUUGGUUUAAUUACCUAAUUCUACAUUACAUUGCAUAUAUAUACUCGACCAUAUGAACAUAUAGCAGCCUGGUGUCAAUAAAAAGAACGAAAGUUAUAAUGACAUCGUCUAAUUAACCAUAUUUUGGGAUAGCUGAUAACUUGAUAGAGAUCAUUAGCCGGCAAUCGUUAGGACUUGGUAACAAUACUCUUUUAUAUUAGGACCAAUACUUGGGAUAUGAAUAAUACGAUAGUGGAUAAAAAGCAAUGGAUGAAGAAUGUUUGAAACAUGCAUGAAUCUAACUACGAUCGUAUCAUAGCUUGAAUACUCCUAGUGUCGCCUCGGGUGGUAUCAAAUGGAAACACAUUCAUUUUCCUUUUGAUUUUUCUCAUCAUGGAUUUUUAAUGCCAGCCAAUAAGUUAUUACUCUUAAGACUCAUUAAUUUACCCUAACCUUAUGCCCCACUUACAAAUAUUAAAAACAAUAAUUCUUGUUAUACCAUAGUUGUUAUUACAUCAUCCAUCAUAUCUAUUCAUUACAAAAUCAAAAUCUUACCAUAUCACAGUACUCUUAACUAGCAUUCACUGAUCUAGUUAUCCGCUGAGAUGAUUCUCCAAAUCAACCAACAACAAGUUGAAUUUUUUUCAUUUUUUUAAAAGACAAGAAUUACCUAUAUUCUAAUAUAUAUCUCAAUCAAUAGAAACAUAUUAACUACUAUAACAACCAAAAAAUAGAGCUAAAAUAACACUUAUAUACUUUCAAAAAAAAAUUAUUACCACGAAAUGAACACAUUUUUCAAAUAAAAAAUUACUAGUAUUUUAUGACCGAAUAUUUUGCUUCUAUGUUUUCUACCUGUAGAAAGUAAAAUUUAUACAUCAGGAUGAAUAAAAAUGUAUACUUAUGUAGAUGUGUGAGAAGUACAAGUGCUACUUUUUAUACACAGAGAACACUAAAUAACAGUUGUCAUAAUACUUAACAGAAAUGUCAUUUCUAGAUAUUUUCAUUCAAAUCACAACCGCAAAAAUACUUGACAAAAAUAUCACAUCAAAGAUUCAUACAAUUAUACGUGUGUGGCAAAUAACUAUAUAUAUUUUCUACUCUUUACUCCAAUGAACCCUACAAGAAAUGUGGUUGACAAAAAUAAUAACCUACAGUACACAAAAUGACAAACAAUGUAUAUCCCAUAUAUCAUGUGGCACAAGUACACCACAUAAUUAUAUUUUGUUGUUUGGGAAACAAACAUAAUGAUGCGUUGUUUUUCAUGAAUAAUCAGUAUAUACACAAUAUGUACGCAGAGGCACAUUUAAUUAUAUGUUUCUCCAUUCAACUAAUUUAUAUACAUAUAUUAUUUCCUCUCUUUGUCCUCUUUUUCUAUAAAUAUGUGUCGUCCCUUCAAGCUUGUCUCAUUCUCAAAAACAAAGUACAGAGAAAGAGAGAGAGGAGAUAAGAAGAUAGAAAGAAAAAGAAGAGAGAGUAAGAGAAUGGGUUCUAAGGGAGACAACGUUGCUGUAUGUAACAUGAAGCUCGAGAGACUUCUCAGCAUGAAAGGUGGCAAAGGACAAGACAGCUAUGCAAAUAACUCUCAAGCUCAGGCGAUGCAUGCACGGUCCAUGCUUCAUCUCUUAGAAGAAACACUUGACAACGUUCACCUAAACUCCUCGGCCAACCCUUCACCGUUCACGGCGGUUGAUCUCGGUUGCUCUUCCGGCGCAAAUACCAUACACAUCAUCGAUUUCAUCGUUAAACACAUCUCUAAGCGUUUUGAUACCGCCGGGAUUGAUCCACCGGAGUUCACUGCUUUCUUCUCCGACCUCCCAAACAACGACUUCAACACUCUUUUUCAGCUGCUUCCACCACUUGUCUCUAACUCUUGCAUGGAGGAGUGCCUUGCUGCCGACGGAAAUCGCUCCUACUUCGUCGCUGGUGUUCCCGGAUCGUUUUACCGGAGACUUUUCCCGGCGAGAACAAUUGAUAUUUUCCACUCUGCCUUUUCUUUGCAUUGGCUCUCUCAGGUGCCGGAGAGCGUCACGGAUAGGAGAUCGGCGGCAUACAAUAGAGGGAGGGUGUUCAUACACGGCGCCGGAGAGAAGAUAGCCACGGCGUACAAACGCCAAUUUCAGGCGGACUUGGCGGAGUUUUUGAGGGCAAGAGCGGCGGAGGUUAAGAGAGGUGGGGCCAUGUUCCUCGUUUGUCUCGGUCGUACCUCUGUAGAUCCCACCGAUCAAGGUGGUGCCGGUCUACUCUUCGGUACUCAUUUUCAGGACGCUUGGGACGACCUUGUCAGCGAGGGUUUGGUAGCGGCAGAGAAGCGCGACGGAUUCAAUAUUCCGGUGUACGCUCCAAGCCUGCAAGAUUUCAAGGAAGUAGUUGAAGCGGACGGCUCCUUCACCAUUGAGAAGCUUGUAGUUUACAAAGGAGGGAGUCCACUUGUGGUGAGCGAGCCGGACGAUGCAUCCGAGGUCGGUCGUGCUUUUGCUAGUAGUUGUCGGAGUGUGGCUGGAGUACUAGUUGAAGCUCACAUCGGGGAAGAGCUAAGCAACGAGUUGUUCUCAAGAGUUGAACGUCGAGCCACUAGCCAUGCCAAGGAUGUCUUGGUGAACUUGCAGUUCUUUCAUAUCGUCGCUUCUUUAUCUUUUACCUAGAACCAGAAUAAAAUGAAAAAAAAAGAUAAAAUUAAAGAAACGUGUUCGUGUGCUUUUGUUAACUCCUUUUUUUCCUCUUAGGGCGUAUUAUUGUGUUCUGUUUUUCUUAGCUUAUCUGUCAUAUGGCUGUUUGAUCAUGUAAUCGAAAAUAGUUAGAAAAAGUUUUCUUUCUUUAAAUGUUUAUGAAAAGGAAGUCUUUGUUUCA